GCCGAACUCGUUGCCCGCUACGAUGAGGCCGGUGAAAAUGGACGAGCUCAAAUGGAACUUCAGUACGGCAAGGAUAACCUUAAUCAGCUGAUCGCCGAGUACAAAGCCAAUGAAGUCAUAAGAAAAGAGUGCAAGUCCUGUCCCAAUUACAAAGCCCCCAUUUGCGUGAGUCAUCAUCCUUUUUUUCUGUCCCGUCUGUUAAAUACUCGGAAUUCGUGGCGUGUGCUCUUUUGCUUGAAAUUUAUGCCUUAG